AUGGGCGCCUUGCUGGAACAUGUGCGCGCGGCGCCCGACAUCAUUGCCAACCUCAACACUUUUCAGAUCACCGGCAUCCUUGGCUUGGGUUAUCUCUUGUACGGUGUGUGCCUGGCCAUCUACCGGCUGUACUUUAGCCCACUUGCAAGAUUCCCAGGCCCCAAGCUUGCCGCCGUGACGCAUUGGUAUGAAGUUUGGUAUGAUCUCUUUUCUAAGGGCGGCGGUGGUCAGUUUACGUGGAAGGUGAAGGAAAUGCACGAGAAGUACGGCCCCAUCGUCCGAGUCAACCCCGAUGAAGUGCACAUUGACGAUCCGGAUUUCUGGAACGAGGUCUAUGGCGCCAGCACACCGUCUAAGCCCAUGGACAAGUCCGGCAAGUUCAAGUACCGUUUCGGCAUCCCCGACGCCACAUUCAGCACCACGGAAGCCGAACUGCACCGCGCCCGCCGGGCCGCCCUAGCGCCCUUCUUUUCGAUGCAGCGCAUCCGAAACCUGAAUCCCAAGAUCUCGGAAACCAUCGAGCGCAUCUCAUCCCGUCUCUCGGUCGAGUACGCUGGAACGGGCCGGGUCUUGAACGUCUCGGACAUGUGGUCGAGCAUGACAAUCGAUGUGACAUCGGAUCUGGCCUUCAGCCGCCCAGUGAACUGUUCCGCGGCGCCUGAUUUCAAGUCCCCCCUUUCUGUCGGAAUGCAAAACAUCAUCUGGGCGGGCCAUUGGAAUGCGCACUUCAAGAUACUCGUCGACGUGAUGGGUUGGAUCCCGGACUGGAUCUUGGGCACAAUCAUCCCACCCUUCAAGCCAAUUCUCGAAUUCCGCGAGACAACCCGUCAGCAAAUUAGGGACAUUCUGGCCGGUCGGAACCAAAAGAGUAUCGACUCGCAGGAUAUCACCAUCUUCCACGAUAUCCUCGCGUCCAACCUGCCCCCUCAAGAGCUGACUCUCAAGCGGUUGACCGAUGAGGCGGUCAGCCUGAACGGCGCAGGCAUGGAGACGACUAAGUGGACGUUGACGGUGGCCACGUUCCACAUACUUGACCGCCCAGAGGUUCAAGCACGCCUCAAGGCCGAGCUGGCCGAGGCCAUGCCCGAUCCGGGUCAGAUCCUGCCGUGGGUUGAGCUGGAGAAGCUGCCAUAUCUGAUGGGCGUCGUCCAGGAGAGUCUCCGUGUCUCUUAUGGCCAAGUCCAGCGCAUCCCGCGUGUCAACCGCCUUCACGCCUGGAAGUUCAAGGAUUGGGUGAUCCCCCCCGGCAUCCCCGUUGGCAUGGAUGCGUACCACAUGCACACCAACCCAGAAGUCUUCCCGGACCCGUUGGCCUUCAAGCCCGAGCGGUGGCUCAACGACGCUCGCGGCCCCGGCGGCCGCCACCCACUGACCAACUACCUGGUUCCAUUUGGCCGUGGGUCCCGCGUUUGCCUCGGUAUGCCGCUGGCCUACAUGGAAUUGUACGUCGCGAUCGCCACCAUCUUUCGCCGGCAUGACCUUGAAUUGUUCGACACAACGCGGAGUGAUGCGGAUUUUGUCUUAGAUAUUGUGAUGCCCAUGCCGAAGAGGGACAGCAAGGGAGUGAGGGUUAUUGUUAAGCGGUGA